CCUCAAUAAAAAAAAAACAUUUUGUUAGCAAAAGCGAGAUAGAAUUUGUAAAUAAUUUUAAUAAAUCCGCAAAGCUAGUGAAUUAUUGUAAAAUAUAUCAUGUAGUCAAUUUAUUGCACGUGGAAAUUCAAUUAGUAAAAUGGCUAAACAAGAUAAAACCCCUCGUUCUGGGUUUGUCAUAAAGUUGUCCUCCGAGACUGCACAAAAACUAGCCGAUGAAGACGAGCAACAUGCUAAAGAGAGAGCCAGUGCUGAAAACAUUUCCAGUAAUGUAGCAACGAGCGAAGAAAACUCCGACAAAAAUACUAGUGAGUCAGCAGAAGGUAAUAAACAAGACACCCAGCAGGUUGCACCAGAUGUCGAUAAAAAACCUGAUAGCGAGACAAAAGAGACUGAGGUGACUUCAAGUAAUGCAGCUGAAAAUAAAAAAAGUGAUCCGGCCGAAGCUAACGCAUCUUGGGGCGACUAUGCUCCAUACAUUACCUAUGAAGGAGAGGAGGCAAUAUACACAGAUCCUUCCACACAACAGAAAUACACAUGGAGCCAAGCCACUAACACUUGGGCUCCCAAAAGUGCUGAAUCUGAUGUACCUGGUAGAGAGUAUAGCUAUGAAAAUGACACCCAUGUUUACACUGAAGCAGAUGGAUCAAAGUGUUUUUGGGAUGCAGAUAAAAAGGCAUGGAUUCCUAAAGUGGAUGAUGACUUCUUAGCUCUCUACCAAAUGUCAUAUGGAUUUGUUGAUAACACUGACAAGAAAAAAGAUAAAGUGGAACCUGAGAAGACAGAAACACAGAAAAAAGCUGAUCCAACAGCUGUUAAAAGGAAAAAUGAACCUCAGUGGUUUGAGCCCUCGGAAGAUAAGAAUACCAAGGUGUAUGUAUCCAAUCUUCCAUUAGAUUUGACAGAAGAGGAGUUUGUAGAUUUUAUGCAGAAAUGUGGUCUUGUAGAACGAGACCCAAGCUCACAAAAGAUGAAGGUCAAACUUUAUACAGAUAAAGAACACAAUUGUUUCAAAGGAGAUGCCUUAUGUACUUACAUUAAGAUUGAAUCAGUAGACCUAGCUCUGAAGCUGCUGGAUGGAAGCGAUUUUAAGGGAAAUAAAAUCAAAGUAGAAAAAGCACACUUCCAACUCAAAGGUGAAUACAAUCCUGCACUGAAACCUAAAAAGAAGAAAAAGAAAGAGUUGGAAAAAAUUAAGAAGAUGCAGCAAAAGCUCUUCGAUUGGAGACCUGAGAAGUUUAUAGGGGAGCGCUCAAAACAUGAGAGAGUGGUUAUUGUAAAGAACUUAUUCCAUCCAACAGAUUUUGAUAAAGAAGUUCAGCUGAUACUUGAUUACCAGCAGGAUUUGAGAGAAGAAGCAACGAAAUGUGGGGAAGUGAGGAAAGUUGUCAUUUAUGACCGUCAUCCUGAGGGAGUGGCUCAAGUAACUAUGAAGGAGCCGGAACAAGCAGAUGCUGUGGUCCAGCUCAUGAAUGGGAGAUGGUUUGGGAAGAGGCAAAUCACUGCAGAGAUUUGGGAUGGCCGAACAAAAUACAGGAUUGCAGAAACAGAUGCAGACAUCAAUCAACGGAUUGAAAAGUGGGACAAGUUCCUAGAACAAAAGGAUGAUGGAAAACCAGAAAGCAAAGAAGGGGAAAAGGAAAUGAAAUCAGAAUCAAAAUCAGAGGAAUUGAAAGAAAAAUCUAAUGAACCAAUGGAUACACAAAAUCUGGCAAAAGAAGAAGUAUAAUGGAAGCCUUUAUUUUUAAGCCUUAAAUGCAUUUUAUGUAAAGUACAUAAGUAACUUAUAACAAAAGAAUGUAUUAAGAGUAUGUUUUAAUUAAAAAG